AUGAAGCCUCGACUGCCUCUCCAGGGAUCCAAUUUCGCCACCAUCGUUAGCGUCUACGUCCCGACAAUGACCGGCCCUGCCGAGGCAAUAACCAACUUAUGUGAAGACCUGCGCACCCCCCUGGCGACUGCACAGAAGGCGGACAGGCUGGUUGGCCUUGGUGACUUCAAUGCCCGUGCCAGGACACACAGACUUGCCUGGAGGAGAGCGCUGGGUCCUUACGGAAUCGCCGGCUGCAACGAUAGCGAUUUCAUUCUCCUGCGAACCUACGCAGAACACCACCUCAUCCUAAUCAACGCCUUCAGCCGCCUGUCGAUAUGGAAGACAACCACCCGGAUACACCCUCCAAUCGCGGCGCUGGACGUGAUUGUGAUCAAGACGAUCUGCGAGGCCGAUGGCUGGACGGACCACCGUCCCAUCAUCUCCAAAUUGAGGUUCCGCCUCCAAACCCUGGAUUGCUCGCAGGGUCGAAGAGAUCCAGGGAUAUUCCGAUCGCAAUGA